CGCCUCACUGCCCGACAGCAAGUUGGGAUGAAAACAAAAACGGAAACUUGAAUUUGUCUCAAAACAUGGAGUCAAAAUAAAAAUAAAAAAGUAUUGUUAUUGUUUUUUUUUUUUGAAGGAGUAGAUAACCCUUCACAUGAAGAUGUCUAACACGACGAGGAGCGGCGACAUCAUCCACCUGAACGUCGGGGGGAAGAGGUUCAGCACCUCCCGGCAGACACUGAUGUGGGUUCCUGACUCCUUUUUCUCCAGUCUUCUGAGCGGUCGGAUCUCAACUCUGAAGGAUGAAACUGGAGCUAUCUUCAUCGACAGGGACCCCUCUCUGUUCGCCACCAUCCUCAACUUCCUGCGGACCAAAGAGCUGUACCCGCGCUCCAUCAGCGUGCACAUGCUCAUGCACGAGGCCGAGUUCUACGGCAUCACGCCGCUGGUGCGUAAGCUGCAGCUGUGUGACGAGCUGGACCGCUCCUCGUGUGGAAACGUGCUGUUCAACGGCUACCUCCCUCCUCCAGUGUACCCGGCCAAGCGGCGCAACCGUCACAGCGUGGCGGGAUCCCAGUUCAUGGCGGGCCGAGUGGCGCCGGCAGAGAGAGCGCCGGUCAGACGCAGCAACACCAUGCCCCCCAACCUGGGGAACUCGGGGAUCCUGGGGGGCCGGGCCAGUACAGAGGAGAGGACGCCAGGAGGUCAGUUGUCCGAUACGGGCAUGGUCCGGAUCAUCUGCGGUCAUCACAACUGGAUAGCUGUGGCCUACGCCCAGUUCGUCGUCUGCUACAGGGUGAAGGAGUCCACUGGGUGGCAGCAGGUCUUCACCUCUCCCCGUCUGGACUGGGUGAUCGACCGAGUGGCGCUGAACGCCAAGGUGAUGGCCGGCUCGCUGGGAGACAACGACAAGAUGGUGGCCGUGGCCUCGGGGACCGAGAUCAUCCUGUGGGCCAUCUGCCCCGACGGCAACGGGAACGAAAUCGGUGUCUUCAGUCUGAACGUGCCGGUGGAGGCCCUCUUCUUCGUUGGUAACCAGCUGAUCGCCACCAGCCACACUGGGAAAGUCGGCGUUUGGAACGCCGUCACCAAACACUGGCAGAAUCAGGACGUGGUUCCCAUCAGCAGCUACGACACGGCCGGCUCCUUCCUCAUCCUGGGCUGCAACAACGGCUCCAUCUACUACAUCGAUGUGCAGAAGUUUCCUCUGAGGAUGAAGGACAACGAUCUGCUGGUGACGGAGCUGUACCGAGACCCGACCGAAGACGCCAUCACCGCUCUCAGCGUCUACCUAACUCCCAAAACCAGCGACAGCGGGAACUGGAUUGAGAUCGCAUACGGGACCAGCUCCGGGACGGUCCGGGUCAUCGUUCAGCACCCGGAGACGGUGGGCUCGGGGCCGCAGCUCUUCCAGACCUUCUCCGUGCACCGCAGCCCCGUCACCAAGAUCAUGCUGUCGGAGAAACACCUCAUCUCAGUUUGUGCCGACAACAACCACGUGCGGACGUGGACGGUGACUCGCUUCAGAGGGAUGAUCUCCACGCAGCCGGGCUCCACGCCGCUCACCUCCUUCAAGAUCCUCAGCCUGGACGACGUGGACGGACACGGGGGCUGCAGCGCCGGGACGGAGAUAGGUCCGUACGGAGAGCGAGACGACCAGCAGGUGUUCAUCCAGAGAGUCGUACCGGACACCGACAAACUCUACGUCAGGCUGUCGUCCAAUGGGAAGAGGGUGUGUGAGGUGCGUUCGGUGGACGGCACAUCCAUCACGGCCUUCAUGGUCCACGAGUGCGAGGGCUCGAGUCGCAUCGGCUCCCGGCCGCGCCGCUACCUGUUCAGCGGCCACGGCAACGGCAGCAUCCAGAUGUGGGACCUGACCACGGCCAUGGAGAUCGCCGGCAAGGUCGACAUCCGCGCGCUGGGCGGGCCAACCGAGGAGGAGCUGCUGGAGCUGCUGGACCAGUGUGACCUGGCUCUGGCCCGAACGCCUGACAGCACGCCGAGGGCCUCCACCUGCAGCCUCUACUCUCAGCUCAGCGACGUCUUCAGGACGGAGCGCCACCACCCGGCCGCAGCAGGAGGAGCAGGAGGAGCAGCAGGAGGAGCAGCAGGAGGAGUUCGAGGAGGACCGGGAGCUUCGGGGUCGUCGGCCUCGCUGUACGGCAGCCUCCCGCGCCAGGCUCCGCCCCCUCUGCCUCUCACCAAACCGCUCCGAGACUCGGCCCUGCCCCUCUCCGGGCCGCAGGCGCUCGCCAUACCCGCCUACACCCCCCCGAACCCGGCCUCCAGCCCGCGGCCGCCCAGACAGCCAGACCGGGACCAGAACCGGGACCACCGGGACCAGAACCGGGACUGGGCUUCUGUGCGUAGAGGCAGCUUCGUGGAGCGCUGCCAGGAGCUCGCCAAGGGCUCGGAGGCUGCGGCGGGCUCUGGGUCAGAGGGCACCCGGCGCAGCUUGGCGGUGUGCAGCGAGCUGGAGGCCCGGUUCGGCCUCAGGACCCCGACCACCUUCUCGGUGUCGCCCGGCGCACGCCACUCCCCGGCAACGCCUUCAUCCCUUUCGUCGUCGUCGUCGCCACUGUCCUCCUCGUCUUCUUCGUCGUCGCACCGCAGGGCCACGCCCACUCCGCCAACAAGCCCCGCCACUACCGCCGCCGUGAGCCCGACCCGGUCCCAGGCGCCCGCCUCCCCUCGCAGCAGCGCCGCGGCGUCUCCCACCGAAGCACCGGCGUCCCCGGUGACCACGGACAGCCCCGCCGCCGACGCCACCGGCCCCCCAAUCAGCCCCAAACCGCACAUGAACGAGACCAGCUUCUGAUUGGCCGCUCAGACUGGACCGCAGAACGUCAGGACACACACGGGGACAUUUGGAUUGGUGUUUGAGACGAGACAGCGCUGCUCGAUUAUGGAAUAAAAACCUUAACCAUGAUUAUUUUUGGUCAAUAUUGAAAUCAGGAUUAUUUAACACGAUUAAUCGCUGACUUUUGGACAGAUGUUGCGUUUGUUGAAAUUAAAAAAACUGUCAAAUUUCCCUUCAA